CCCGCCUGCCUGUCUUCUGCUAGUUUUUUAAAACGCUGAAUACAGUUAAAGAGCAUCUCCCAUCUCUUCGGUGGGAGAACCCUUCAAGUGUCGGUCUUCCUCGCGCAAAACCGUAUGCGGAGGGAGGAAGAACGAAACCGUUACUGUGGAUCCAGAAGCUAUGGACCCUGGAAAAACCUUCCAUCAUUCAACAGGAACAAGGACUAUCAAAGUUUGGUCGUCAUCUUCAGAUCCUGUGCAUUUUGAAACGGAUGUUUCUCAUGAAAAAUUAGAAAGCGUGUCAGAAGCAGAGGCCAUGAAUUUCAGCAGUCUUUCUCAAGACUUAACCCACUCACAUUCUCCCUUCUAUAUGGAAACCAACAGUACCACUUCAGACUUGCCUCAGAAUGAAACAAAGAAUGCUCAAAGGGAAGUUGAGUCUAAAUUCACACUUUGCGAAGAAAUGUAUGGCACACUAGAUGAUUGGUUAGGCGAUGUCAGCAUUGGAAAUGAUUCACAGAACCCUCUAACUCAGCCAGCCGACAUUUCCUCCUUCAGGCAAUUUGAACCCAUUUGCAAAUUUCAUCUCAGAGAAGCACUUAAUAAUGGAAUGAUAAUAUCUCAAAAUCCAACAGAAAGCUUACCUUACACAGAGAAACCAGAAAGGCAAAGUUGUGUGUGUAAUUGUGCAAAAGACACCAAUGUGAAGGAAAAUUCAUUUAAGGAAGAAAAUCCAGUGGGAACUAGCACCUCCACAAAUGAAGACCAGCUUGCUCACGAGUGUGUCAGACAACCUUCUAGAAGCCCACCUCUAGUCCAGAGCAGUGAAGAGACACUGAAAUUCAGGGAAAUGUCACUGCGUAAAAGUGCCUACAUGGAGUCUAGUCAACCUCAAAGCUUCCCAUAUGAGGAGAAUGUGCACAGAUAUGUUGAAAAACCAUUUUAUCAAGAGAAUAGCUUUAACCUCUUUGAUCUGAAAGCUAAUUAUACAACAGAGGAGAUCUCAGUGUCUUCGAGAGGAAUACAGACCUUUGGGGAUAUUCCUGAGAUGCCAGUCUGUCACCAUAAGGAGGUCGCCGUGGAGGGCACAGACAGGCCACGGAUGGGCUCACCUUGGUCUCCUGCAAGCACUACUUGGGGUCGUGGAGCAUCUCCAGAUGAUGGCAAGAUGCCUGACACAAAGCAGAGCUUGGAAAGCUUACAACUUCCAGAAGAGGAUAUGGCUUUAAAUGAAGUCUUACAGAAAUUACAGCACACUAACAAACAGCAGCAAACUCGGAUCCAAGACCUGCAGAGUAGCAACAAGUAUUUAGAGAAGAAGGUCAAAGAACUACAGAAGCAGACUACCAAACAGCAGGUGUUCGUGGACAUCAUAAAUGAGCUGAAGGCCAAGGUGGAAGAAUUAAUUGAAGACAAAUACAGAGUGAUGCUAGAGAAGAAUGACAUGGACAAGACACUGAAGAAUUUGCACGAGGUCUUAACUCAAACCCAAAAGCAUCUUCAGGAAGCUGGGCAUGAAAAGGAAACCUUAAAGCUGGAGCUUAAGAAGAUCAAGGGCAAUUACAUUCACCUACAGGAAAGGUACAUGACUGAGAUGCAACAGGAAGAUGAAACUGUCAAUCAGUGCCUAGAGAUGGACAGAACCCUAAGGGAGAAAGAAGAGGAGGUGGAGAAACUGAAGCAACUCAAGGGGGAGCUGGAAAAGGCCACCACCUCCACUCUGGACUUGCUGAGAAGGGAGAAGAAGGCCCAAGAGCAAGAGUUCCAGUCUUUGCAGGAGGAAUUUCAGAAGCAUGAGGAGGAACACCUGGAAGAAAGACAGAAACUGAAAGCAACACUCAAAAAACUGCUCACUCAAGUUCAUCAUUUGCAGUUCGUAUCUGAAAACGAGAAGGUAAAGAACGCCCGACUCCAGCAGCAGGUCAACGAACUAAAACAGGAAAAUGCAAGGUUUCGGCAGCAGGUGGCGAGGAGCCAGGAGCCAAACGAUGCCCCUGGGUUUGACACGGCCGGGUUAACGGAGCACUCUGGAGAAGCGAUCGAGGCCGAUAUCAAAAAGGAUUCUAAUUUGUUCCUGAACUGCUCACCUGGUGAAAAAAGCUUGAGUCCCCCAGAUGUGAAAAGGACUUCUCAGCUGGUCUCCAAAAUUCACAGUGUUCCAACUCUGAUGGUAGGACUUCUCACAUCCCAAGACAUCACCACUCCGGAUGUUGAACAUUACAAAGAGAGCGAGAAAGUUAGUGAUACAAUGCUACAAAAAUUGAAGCACUUCCAUCUUAAGAAGGAAAGUUUAGAUAAAGAGCUAUUGGAACAUAAAGACAAAAUCACAGCUUUUAGAGAGUUAAUUGCAGUAGAAAAAGCAUUUCAAGAUCAGGUUUUUGAGUUUACAGGUUUUGAUUCAGAUGAAGCCACAAGUGCUGGAGAUAUACCCGUCUUACUGGGAGCCAAACUGAAUAGGUACCGUAGUCUGAAUGAAGGACAUGAUUUCUUGAUAACAAAAUUGGGAAAUCUUCUAGAAUCAAAAGAAGACCAUUGCAGCAGACUCACUGAAGAAAAUGACAAAUAUCAAAGACAUUUAGGCAACUUAAUAAAGAAGGUUACAUCCUAUGAAGAAAUCAUCGAAUGUGCUGACCAAAGGCUCACGAUAUUCUACUCCCAGAUUACACAUUUAGAAAAGAGAAAUAAACAUUUGGAAGAUUUGAUUAGGAGGCCCAGAGAGAAAGCAAGAAAACCACGGUCCAGAAGAUUAGAAAAUCACCCAAAGUCCUUGACCACGAUGGCAGUCAGCUACUUGGUGUUUCUGCCUCCAGCUGGGUGCCCCUUCCUUCCAUCCUCCACCGAGGAGACUGCGAAUUUCAGAAGGAAAUAAGAUGAAGCCCCUUGCCUAUAUAAAACUCUUCGAUGGUUCCCUGUUGCAUUCUGGAUCAGUUUGAGCUCCCUAAUUAAGCACAUAAGAUCCUCUAUGACCUGGCCCUUGCCUUCCUAUCCAGUCUUCUCAUUCACUGCUUCGUUCUCACCUUCUCACCAUCAUACACCCAACCAUAUCAAACCACUUGCCCCUUUCCAAACAUGCUAUGUUAUUUUCAUGCCUUCCUGAUAUUUCCUAUACAGCUUCCCCUGCCAAGAAUGCUCUCUCUCAGUUCCUUGUGUCCCCUUACUUUAGUUCCCACCUUACAAACUUAUCUGCCAGCUCAAGCUCGACUUGACAGGAACCCUUUGAGUGCAGGGAUUAUCUCGUAUUCAUUUUGGUAUUCCCAAGCACGUACCCCAGAAUAGGUAUGAAAUAGGAGGGAGUGUUAGGCAGACUCAGGACCCAUUACCAAUGCUACC